AUGAAUAACAGUUUACAAUAUGUAGCUUGUAGAACAAGUUUUGAGAAGUCAAUUAUGAAGCGAACCAAAAGGUCAACAAAGAAGAGAGUUGUAAAGGUUAAUAUUCCCCCUUCAAACUCAACUUCCAUUACUCAACCUCAUCUCGCUCCACCCUUAUUUCAGCCUCAACUCACUCAACCACAGCUCACUCCACCCUUAUUUCAGCCUCAACUCACUCAACCUCAACCACUACCCAUUCCACUUCAGCCUCAACUCACUCAACCACAGCUCACUCCACCCUUAUUUCAGCCUCAACUCACUCAACCACAGCUCACUCCACCCUUAUUUCAGCCUCAACUCACUCAACCACAGCUCACUCCACCCUUAUUUCAGCCUCAACUCACUCAACCUCAACCACUACCCAUUCCACUUCUAUUUCAACCUCAACCACAACCCAUUCUAUUCGUAUUUCAACCUCAACCCUUUACACCUUCAUUUCAACCACAAUCCAACCAACUUAUUCAUCCUCAACCCCAAUCAAGACCCAAAUCCACCCAAUCUCAUCCUCCAAUAUCUCAACCCCCACCCAUAUAUCGAUCUCGUCCUCAAUCCACUCAAUCUUACCCUCCACCACCGCAAUCUCAAGCUCAACCUCGAUUACGAUCCAAAUCCAAGCAAUCUCACCCUCCACCACUUCAAGCUCAACCUCAAGCUCGAUCUUCAUCUAGUCAUAUUAGCGGUGAAGAAAAUACAUCAAAAAAUCCAAUACUCCUAAAAGGGGAUGGGUUUGAUCAACACAAACUACUAAUUUCAACAAUUGCUAGCAUCUUACGUUCUAGCUUGGAAGAGGGAAAACCGUCAUGGAAAAAGUUAAGUAAAGAUAAGCGAAAUGAUUUGUUCGACUUAUUUAAAAAAAGGUUUACAUGGCCCCCAACUUUGAACGACAUGGUGCGACGCAACUUUGAAAAACGGAGUGCAGCUAAGAUGUCGCUUCAAAGCGAGGGAUUUGUUGGAUCUUCUUCUCAUCCAAACUCAUCACCACAACUCAACGAUGAAACUGAUGAAGAUAGUGAGGAUGUUGGUAGUGAUCAUAUUGAGUAG